GUAACCAGUGUGUUGGGUUGGGUUUGGUUUGAGGGUUGGGGGUUGUUGUCGGAGCGGCCUGGAGUGGGAGAGGCAAGAGCGAAAUGACGGGCGUCUCAAGAAGGAAUAUAGACAGGGGCUACGCCUGGGUGGCCCUGGUAGCUGCCUUCACCUUACACUUCAUGGCAGGGAUACUGGCGUACUCUCCUGGUGUCAUGAACAUCGCAGUCCUGGAGGAAAUUGAAAAUGAUUUGACUAAAGCGUCCUGGAUUGGCUCCAUCAACUUUGGAACGUGUAGUUUACUAGGUCCAGUAGCUGGUUUUAUGCAAGCCAAAGUAGGAUCUCGAAUAACAGCAAUGGCCGGUGGAGUGCUGACAUUGAUUGGAAUGACAGCAGCAUCCUUCUGCAAAUCUAUAGUCACCCUCGUGGUCACCUACGGCUUCAUUUCAGGAUUUGGGAUUUGUUUGGCCUGCAAUGUUGCAGGGGUUGUUGCCGGAACCUACUUUGAAAAACGAAGGGCUGCGGCGUUUGGUGUGUGCGUUGCCGGCGGAGGGAUGGGUCUGUUAGUAGCUGGUCCUCUCGUCAGAUACCUUCUUACUCAGUACAAUCUUAACGGGACGCUGCUGAUUCUCGGUGCUAUUGAAUUCCAUAUGUGUGUUGCUGGUGUGGCCUUAAGGCCACUGCAACACACACAACCACACUGUCUAACGUUAACCACUAACCAAGACGCAGAUGAACAAUGUUCCUUGCGUCAUGAAGAAAGUAAAGACACGCAAAGCACGAACGAUUCCAUUACCAGGUCUGGAGACAUGCAUGAAAGAAAUAUCAUUUUGGAUGACACAGAUUUUGCACGGAGGGGCACCCAUGUACCAAACCUUGAUGAGAUCCACACACUGUUGUCUGAUAAAAAUGAGGCGAUGUAUCCAUCUGUCGAUGUUGGAAAAAUAUUAAGAAUGGGUUGCAAUGUCUACAGCUUUGUUGCCCCCCCCAAAGGCUAUUUGGUGUUUAGCAUCAGCAUGAUGCUAUGGAUGUUGGGUGAGUCCGCAGCCGUCUUCCACCUUCCGAACUAUGCUCAACAAAAAGGAAGCUCGUCGUCCGAAGCAGCAACUCUGUUCACAGCAAUGGGAGUUGGUAGUGUGUUUUCAAGAAUAACUACAGGAAUGGUAGCUUCAGAUCCGACAAUUCCAUAUACGGUGCUCCAUGUAGGACUUGCUGGGCUGGCUGGGAUGGUACUUCUGUUUUUUCCUCUCUAUUCUCACUGCUACGGCACGCAGUUGGUGUUUGGUCUGCUGUAUGGAACGUACAGUCAAGGCCUAAAUGCACUGAUCGGUCCAGCAAUCCUAGACUUGGUAGCCAAAGAGAAGAUGUCUGUUGCGUAUGGGUUUAUAUACUUCUUUUGUGGAAUCGGGAAUAUACUUGGCCCACCUACUGCAAGUUGGAUAUAUAAGUCAAGUGGAGUGUACGACUUCACCUAUGUCUUUGCAGGUAUAUGCUUGAUCAUGAGUGGUGUGUCAGCAGCGACAGUCAGCAUAGUGAGGGUAUGACACGUCGUGUGUGACCAUGUCAGCAGAAUAUAUGUGACUGUACGAGAAUGUCAUCCAUGCUGCUUAAUAAA